ACUGUCUUACCAUUUGUGACGCGGAUUUUUGGUACUUUUCUACAUCUAAAUGAGUCUCAACAACAUCGCAAAAUGUAUGUCGUGACUGAAUACUUUGUCGAUCAACAAAAGAACUUUUAUUUUAUUUGCUACAUAUGUACGCGGCCAUUUAUAUAGAAAUGACUGCACUGAUAGGACCAGGAGCGCUGAUAAUAGGAUACUUGAAACAUAUCUGUGGAAUGUUUAAAAUUGCUAGUUACCGUAUCGAGCAUGCAAUGUCAAUUAACAUGUUUGACAGGAUUUAUCUACGUGAUAAAGCAGAGAUUCAUAAGGAAAUAAUUCGUGCUGUAGACAUUCACUGUAAAGCUAUGGAGUUCGCCAACUUUCUUAUAUCCAAUUUUCAAGACACAUUCGUCAUGUCACAAUUGUUUAACGUACUUUGUUUGAGCCUGAAUCUUUAUUGUGUUUUCCAAGCUGAUUCGUUUAAAGACAAUGUGGACGAAUUUUUAUACACUUUAUGCUUGCAAAUGGUAUUUUUGUGUACUCGUUUGUAGCCAACUAUGCCGGACAAGAAAUUAUUGAUCACUAUAAUUAUAUAUUUUCCGCUGCGUAAGGAACUUCGCUAUGUUAUUAAUUGAUUGCUGUGUUAUUAAUAAGCUAAUACUAAUAUUACUAAUAUUAAUAGGCUAAUACUAAUCCUAGCUCAAAUAAAAGUAAUGAUAAUUGUUUACAUUAAGGAACACCUCGCAAACAAUGAACUUGACCUUUACAUAUAUUAUAAUAUAACAUAAGGUUCUGCCCUCUCCCUG